CUCUCCCUCUGGCGUGCGAGCUGCCGGCAGGAGCCCCCAGGUAAACACCGCCGCUGAAACCCUCUAGUGCUCCUGCCUCGGGAAAACCUCCGACUUCGGGAUCACAGCUCGGCUUUUAGGAUGGACAGAAGCUGGAUGACCUUCUGAUGGGCUUUAGCUUCGGGUGUGGAUGUGGACGUUUUUCUCUCAGAUGACAGAAUCACUCCAACUUCCCCUUGGCCGUUGCUUCCUUCCCUUGCAGGUAGCUGGAUCUUGUUUUCCUUAAAAAAUCUUUUCCUUCCAAAUUUGCCUGCCAUGCCAACUGUCAUUAGCGCAUCUGUGGCCCCACGGACGGGGGCGGAGCCCAGGUCCCCGGGGCCGAUUCCCCAGCCGGGCGAAGGCAAGACCACCGAGGCUGGGGGCGCAAACCCAAGUGGCAUCUAUUCGGCCAUCAUCAGCCGCAAUUUCCCCAUUAUUGGAGUGAAAGAGAAGACAUUUGAGCAGCUUCGUAAGAAAUGUCUAGAAAAGAAGGUUCUUUAUCUGGAUCCGGAGUUCCCACCAGAUGAGACCUCUCUCUUUUACAGCCAGAAGUUCCCCAUCCAGUUCAUCUGGAAGAGACCUCCGGAAAUUUGUGAGAAUCCCCGAUUUAUCAUCGGUGGAGCCAACAGAACUGACAUCUGUCAAGGAGAUCUAGGGGACUGCUGGUUUCUCGCAGCCAUUGCUUGCCUGACCCUGAACGAGCGCCUGCUUUUCCGAGUCAUACCCCAUGAUCAGAGUUUCACCGAAAACUACGCGGGGAUCUUCCACUUCCAGUUCUGGCGCUAUGGAGACUGGGUGGAUGUGGUUAUUGAUGACUGCCUGCCGACUUACAACAAUCAACUGGUUUUCACCAAAUCCAACCACCGCAAUGAAUUCUGGAGUGCUCUGCUGGAGAAGGCUUAUGCUAAGCUCCAUGGUUCCUAUGAGGCUCUGAAAGGCGGGAACACUACUGAGGCCAUGGAGGACUUCACAGGAGGGGUGACCGAGUUUUUUGAGAUCAAGGAUGCUCCCAGAGACAUGUACAAGAUCAUGAAGAAAGCCAUCGAGAGAGGCUCCCUCAUGGGCUGCUCCAUUGAUGAUGGCACAAACAUGACCUAUGGAACCUCACCUUCUGGACUGAAAAUGGGGGAGUUGAUUGCGCGGAUGGUGAGGAAUAUGGAUAACUCACAGCUCAGGGACUCAGACCUCGUCCCCAGAGGCUCAGAUGACAGACCGACCCGGACAAUUGUUCCGGUUCAGUAUGAAACAAGAAUGGCUUGCGGGCUAGUCAAGGGCCAUGCCUACUCUGUCACUGGGCUGGAGGAGGCCCUGUUCAAGGGAGAGAAAGUGAAGCUGGUGCGGCUGCGGAACCCCUGGGGCCAGGUGGAGUGGAACGGCUCCUGGAGUGAUGGUUGGAAGGACUGGAGCUUUGUAGACAAAGCUGAGAAGGCUCGUCUGCAGCACCAGGUCACUGAGGAUGGAGAGUUCUGGAUGUCAUAUGACGAUUUCAUCUACCAUUUCACAAAGCUGGAGAUCUGCAACCUCACGGCCGAUGCCCUGGAGUCCGACAAGCUGCAGACGUGGACAGUGUCCGUGAAUGAGGGCCGCUGGGUGAGGGGCUGCUCUGCCGGAGGCUGCCGCAACUUCCCAGACACUUUCUGGACCAAUCCCCAGUACCGUCUGAAGCUCCUGGAGGAGGACGAUGACCCCGACGACUCUGAGGUGAUCUGCAGCUUCCUGGUGGCCCUGAUGCAGAAGAACCGGCGGAAGGACCGGAAGCUGGGGGCCAACCUGUUCACCAUUGGCUUUGCCAUCUACGAGGUUCCCAAAGAGAUGCAUGGGAACAAACAACACCUGCAGAAGGACUUCUUCCUGUACAAUGCUUCCAAGGCCAGGAGCAAAACCUACAUCAAUAUGCGAGAGGUGUCCGAGCGCUUCCGCCUGCCUCCCAGCGAGUACGUCAUUGUACCCUCCACCUAUGAGCCCCACCAGGAGGGAGAAUUCAUCCUCCGGGUCUUCUCCGAAAAGAGGAACCUCUCUGAGGAAGUUGAAAAUACAAUCUCCGUGGAUCGGCCAGUGAAAAAGAAAAAAACCAAGCCCAUCAUCUUCGUUUCGGACAGAGCAAACAGCAACAAGGACCUGGGCGUGGACCAGGAAUCAGAGGAGGGCAAAGACAAAACAAGCCCUGAUAAGCAAGAGAAAGCCCCACAGCCACAGCCUGGCAACACUGACCAAGAGAGUGAGGAGCAGUUGCAAUUCCGGAACAUUUUUAGGCAGAUAGCAGGCGAUGACAUGGAGGUCUGUGCAGAUGAGCUCAAGAAUAUCCUUAACACGGUUGUGAACAAACAUAAGGACCUGAAGACACAAGGGUUCACGCUGGAGUCCUGCCGUAGCAUGAUCGCCCUCAUGGAUACAGAUGGCUCUGGGAGGCUGAACUUGCAAGAGUUCCAUCACCUCUGGAAGAAGAUUAAAGCCUGGCAGAGAAUUUUCAAACACUAUGACACAGACCAAUCUGGUACCAUCAACAGCUAUGAGAUGCGAAAUGCAGUCAAUGACGCAGGUUUUCACCUCAACAGCCAGCUCUAUGACAUCAUUACCAUGCGCUAUGCAGACAAACACAUGAACAUCGACUUCGACAGCUUCAUCUGCUGCUUCGUCAGGCUGGAGGGCAUGUUCAGAGCUUUUAAUGCAUUUGACAAGGAUGGAGACGGUAUCAUCAAACUCAACGUUCUAGAGUGGCUGCAGCUCACCAUGUAUGCCUGA